AUGACGGCAGGCUAUAACGAAGUUAAGGGGCAGCAGGGAACCAAAGGCACUUCGUCUUCCAAGGCAAGCAGCAUCGCUGCAGCCCCAGCUAAUGGAAAUGAGGGACAACUCUUUCCCUCCGCCUCUUUGUAUGUGGGAGAUUUAUCACCUGAAGUGACAGAGGCCAUUCUCUAUGAGAUUUUCAACACAAUUGGCCCAGUUGCAUCAAUUAGGGUGUGUCGAGAUAGCAUUACUCGAAAGUCUCUGGGUUAUGCUUAUGUGAAUUACCACAAUGUGAACGAUGCAAGACGAGCGUUGGAGGCCCUGAAAUAUAACGAAAUUUGUGGUAAACAAGUGCGCAUAAUGUGGAGCCAUAGGGAUCCCUCGUUGCGUAAGAGCGGGGCUGGUAAUGUAUUUAUCAAAAAUAUUGAUGAAUCAAUCGACACGAAGGCUCUUUAUGAUGCCUUUUCCCCAUAUGGACAAAUUUUGUCGUGCAAGGUAGCUACUGAUGAAACUGGACGCAGUCGCGGCUACGGAUUUGUCCAUUUUGAUACAGAGGCUAAUGCUACACGUGCAAUUUCUGACGCAAAUGGUAUGCAAUUGGGCAAUAAAAAGAUAUUUGUGGCCCCCUUCGUUAGAAGGUCUGAGAGGGUUUCAUCUACUAAGUUGGAAGAUGGAGUUGAUGAAAAGUUUACCAAUUUGUACGUCAGGAACUUCCCUGAGAACUGGAAUGAGGAAAUACUCAAGGAAAAUUUCAGCCCAUUUGGUGAAAUAACUUCGAUGAUGAUGAAGAGUGAUCCUCUAGGCCGCAAAUUUGCCUUCAUAAACUAUGCUGAGAAUUCAAUGGCCAAGGCUGCAAUUGAAACAAUGAAUGGGAAGGACUUCUCAAUUAAAUCUGGCGAUAAAUCUACUAUAGAGGGCGAAGAUACUGAUAAAUCUGAAACCAAGCUUUUGGUAUGUGCCCACCAAGAUAGAGCAAGGAGGCACGCCAUGCUCAAGGCAAAAUAUGAUUCGAUGCACGCUGAAAACAAGUCAAAAUAUCAGGGAGUAAAUCUCUAUAUCAAGAACCUGGAUGAUUCAAUAAAUGAUGCUGAGUUGAGGGAACUAUUUGAGGGCUUUGGUUUGAUAACAUCGUGCAAAGUUAUGGUGGAUGAGCACGGCGCUAGUCUUGGGUUUGGAUUCGUGUGCUUUGUGUCUCCUGAGGAUGCAACUCAUGCUGUAUCUGAAAUGCAUUUGAAGCUGGUUCAUAACAAGCCUUUGUAUGUUGGGCUGGCUGAAAAGAGGGAACAGAGGCUAAAUAGGCUGCAGAUGAGGUAUAAGGUGGGGCAUAAUAGAGAUGGUAUGCCCAUGGGUAUGCUACCCCCGCAUGGAAUGAUGCCACCCAUGCAUAUGGGCGUACCUAUGAUGCCAGUUAAUGGUCAAUAUAUGUACCCAAAUCCCAAUAUUCACGGGCCAAAUUCAUCGCAGCAAAAUGCCAUGAUGCCCUAUCAAUGGAGACACCAAUAUCACCCAGGAAUUCCACCAGUGGGAAUGCAAGUUCCUUUUAACGCCCGUGGUGCUAACAUGCCCGUUCCAAUGAGAGUGUACAACCCUAUGGGAAAUAGAGGGGUGCGUGGGCAGAAUGUACCAGUACAGAAGCUCGGGCAGAACGGGGACAAGGCAAUGGGCGAUGGAUUCAAGUUUACGCCCCAAGCCCGUAAUCGCAUGGAAAUGGUCCAAAGUGAUCAUUCUGAUCCAGCCACAGCCGGCAACGCUCGUGCCCAUGCACGAGCGACUGCAACAACAUCGGCAGUGCCUGGUAGGGACUCGAAUGACACCACAUUUCAGGAAGCCCACAUAACCGCAGCUACCCUUGCAGCUGCUCAUCCAAAUAUGCAGAAGCAAAUGCUAGGUGAGAAGCUCUUCCCUAUCAUCGCCAGGCAUAAUCCUGAGUUGGCUGGUAAGGUCACUGGUAUGAUGUUGGAGAUGGAUAACAGUGAGUUGUUGAUAUUGCUGGAAAGCGAGAAGCAGUUGAUUGCCAAAGCCGAUGAGGCGAUCAGAGUUCUUCAACAAGCACGAUGA